AUGCUCCUCAUCCUCAUCCUUCUGGCGGGCCAAGGUUCCUAUGGAAAGCUCCCCGACGUUGGAGCCCGCCAACCCUGUGCUUGCGCAUGUGUCUGUGCCUGUCAGACAGCUCCCUGGUUCUCUUCUCACAAGCGAUCCUUUUCCUCGAGCCAAGUCCGGCAUCUAUAUCACCAAAUACUACUGCAGGCCACCAUUGGCUCGAACGUCAGACCCUUCGAUUGGGGCGACAGGCGGAAGAAGGGUGGGCGGGUACUAUGGAAUUCAAUGCACUGUGGGCAAGGCCGCUUCGCAAGAAACGGGGACUAUGAAGCCGGUCCAUGUCAACGUUGCAACGGUUGGACGUCAAGGAUGUUCUGCAGUACACUACUACGUAGACGGCGCUCUCUCCCGCCCCUCCAGCACCAGCCUGUGUGCCUGUCUUGUCUUUUUUGGCAACCUUGCUCAACCGAACGCACGGUAGGUUGCGCUAACCAGCCAGUGGCAGCAGAAUACCACUAUCAAGGCACUCGUGUACAGUACGGAUAUGGUUGGGAAUCUCUCAAUUGUUCCUCGUGCUGGUGGUGUUUCUUCUGCCCACUCUCUACUUGA